AACAAUUAAAACAUAUUUCAAAGAUUUAAACAACUGAAAGUUUUAUAAAAUAGUGAAAAAUGCACAAAGGGUAAAUAAAUUUCGCAAGAAAUGUCAAUAAAGGUUAGCUAAACAUUAAUCGAUUAAAUUAUUUAGUUUGCUUUGCAGAUCAAGUGCCGCGUAAAGUUUAUCCGAAAAUGUCCGAAAUAUCCCGUGCAGCUCAAUCUGGCGAUUUAGGAUAUUUCCGUGAAGUUUAUGACAAGGAAGUUAACAUUAGUAUGGUACUUGAAUAUUUCCAUGAUAAAUCCGGUGAUACUGCGAUACACUUUGCAGUAAGACAUGGUCAUUUGGAACUUGUAAAAUUUCUCUUGUGCAAGGGCUUUAACUUGGAGACUGGUAACUUUGAUGGAAAGAGACCUCUACAUGAAGCAGCGCAGGCAGGCCAGUACGAGUGCCUCGUGUGCCUCCUUGACUCUGGUGCGUCUGUUGACUCGCUUAAAAGAGCUGAUUGGACGUCACUGAUGCUUGCUUGUACAAAGGACAGGCUGGAUAUCGUAAAGGCACUUCUUGAACACGGUGCUCGUUUGAAAUUGAAAAAUAAAGAUGGUUGGAACAGCUUCCAUGUGGCUGUUAGGGAAGGCCAUUUGGACAUCAUUGAGUAUCUCCUCAACUUUGACAAGACUGUUUGGGAUACAGUGAGCAAGAAUGGACGGACACCUUUACACACAGCAGCUCUCCACAGCCAUGCAGAUGUGGUCUCACUUUUACUGGAGAGAUGUGACUAUGUGACAGACACCCAGGACAGUUGUGGCUCCACUCCCCUCAUGGAUGCCAUCAGGGUUGGCUGUAUACAGGCUGCCGACGUGCUCAUCAACAAUCAUGAGGCUGAUAUAACCAAGGAAGACAAUGUAGGUCGUCAGUGUCUGCACGUGGCGUGCCAGGCUGGAUGUCUUGACUCCCUCGUCUACCUUGUUGACACUUGUGGGGCCCAUCCGGGGGUCCUGUGCACAGGGACCGGGGCCUCAGGAUUGCACAUCGCAGCCAAGGAAGGUCACAGUGAUGUUAUCCUAUUCCUGCUGUCCCGUGGUGUGGAUAUAAAUCUGACUGACUCAAGGGGAAGAACUGCCCUGCACAUAGCAUCUGGUGCCCAGCAUGUAGACUGUGUCACCGUGUUGCUGCAACAAGGAGCUGACUGUGUCCCAGACCAGACUGGUUCCUAUCCAUGGGAGCUGGCCAGGAAACCUGCUGUCAUUGAGGCAUUCAGUGGUGUCAACCAGACAUGAGACAGCAGUGCAGUUGGCCACAUUGUGCAAUAUAAGUGCAGUAAUACCUUACAAACAUCGACCAGACUUCAAUCUCACAGUGCCGGGAAACAUUUGAAUGUUCAUCGCUGAAAAGUUAUAUGAGGGUCAGGCAUAAAGUUCCCAGACUGUCCUUAUAAAAAUCACAUUAUUUAUCCAAUCGUUUAAAUACUCAGUGAUAUUGAAAUACGACAAGUUAUAGUCAGGUAAACAAAAACUUACAUAUUUUUGAUGGAUAUAAAUAUAAUUCAUAAUUAAAUUUAUUACAGUUUUGAUAUCAUGUGCAGAGUCUGGGAACGACUCACCCUCGUAUAUUAAGCAUCUUGUGCACUUAAACCACGAAAAAACCUGUUAGCAAAGGUGGAACACAAUGGUCAAAUACUAUAUAUGGUGGAUGUGCAAAGAAUGUAUUGCUACCAUUAUGACGCACCUAGGAAUAUUUAUAAGUUCGCAGGCAUUGUUGCUAGCCAGAAUGAUUCAUUAUAAGAAUGAUACCGUAAAUGACUGGGUAUUAGACGCACUUUUUUUCCCUCAGAUUUUGAUGCAAAAAAAUGCCUGCGUAUAAUACCCAGUAACAAUUUUUUGAACUUUUUUUCUGAGGUCAAUUUCAAGCCGAGAGUUUGUUUUAGAUUUAUGUAGAAACAGAUGUUACUCGCGUCAUAUUGAUCGAGUAUAUAUGGGUUAAAACGGCAGUUGAAGAUCGGGAUACGGUAUAUCGUAAGACGUUUAUAAUUUCAACAAAAAUAUUUUUCGAUUAAAGUUACUGUAAUUCACCUAAGAGUUCGGACACUCUAAAUAUUUGGACACCCAUAAUUAUUUCCCAAAAUAAUUUAUUUUGCGUACCUAAUUUAAUAAUCUUGGCCCUGUUAUGUAAUAUUUUCUAGCGGCUGCCUGGACUCUUGGUGACAGUGUGUUUUGUCUAGUAAGUUGUAAGCACUUUGUUCAAAAAGAUGAAUGAAUGUAUAUGAUGUUUUUACAGAAAAAUAAAAUGGAAAUG